AUGACCACCGCAAAAGUCGCUGUCAUCACCGGUGCCAACCAGGGUAUCGGCUACGGUAUCGCUCACCGUCUCACCCGCCUCUACUCCUCUUCCCACUUCGCCGGCUCUCCUCCUUCACCACUGACCAUCUUCUUCACUUCUCGUUCCGAAGAGCGCGGUCAAGCCUCUCUCAAGGAGCUCACCGAGGAGCUCUCCAACGAGAAGCCCAACCCUCUCGCCGAUGGACUGAUCAAGCUACGCUACCACCAGCUCGAUAUUACCGAUGCCUCCAGUCGUGCUGCGCUGCUCCAGACGCUGCAGAAGGAGAAGACACCGCUGAAUUUGUUGGUCAAUAAUGCGGGGAUUGCACUCGAGGGAUUCGAUGCGAAGAUGACCGAGGAGACACUCGCGACGAAUUACUGGGCGACGAAGGAUAUGAUCAUCGAGGCUCUACCCCAGAUGGCAAAGGACGGACGCGUAGUCACUCUCGCGUCCAUGGCCGGCAAGCUCAACGGCUACUCCGAUGAGCGUGUCCAACAGUUCACCUCAGCCUCCACAGUCAAGGAUGUAGACACGCUCAUGUCUUCCUUCCUCUCCUCUGUGCAGGCCGGCACCUACCAAAAGGACGGCUGGAAAGGCGCGGCGUACAGUGUCUCCAAGGCCGGGGUAAUCGCCCUGCAUCGUGCCCUUGCCCAACAGCUCCAGCAAGGUGCUCUAGGCCAGGUGGCGCAGGGAGUAGAAGUGUACUCUUGCUGCCCCGGGUAUGUUUCGAGUAGGAUGACAAAGCAGAAGGGACACCUCACACUCGAUGAGGGUGCAGCGACGCCUGUGACGCUGGCUUUGGAGGAUCUGAGUGGGUCGAAGAGUGGAACCUUCUGGGAGAGGCAGAAGGAGAGCUCUUGGUAA